CUAUCAGACAGAGGGAGGGAAAAUGGCGAGCAGCCGAUUGGAAGAGUCAAUUGAAACCGUUCUAGAUCCAGAGAUGGAGUUCCUAGCGUCGAAACAAGAGACCGGAAAUGAGUGGGAGCUAUUCAAGGAAAACGUCCGCCCGUUGAAGCGCGGACGCAACGUUCGUCUCCUCAACCACGCUCUAAAAUCGAACUCUCAUUCCCAAGUGAAGAGCUCUCUGCUGAAUCACCGAAGGAAGCUAAUAGAGGCGAUCGACGAGUAUGCCGGAGAAGAUCCUCUCCAGCCCUGGAUCGAGUGCAUAAAAUGGGUCCAGGAAGCUUUCCCACCCGGUGGUGACUGUUCAGGAUUGAUCGUCAUCUAUGAACAAUGUGUCCGAACCUUUUGGCAUGAUAGCCGAUACAAGGACGACCUACGGUACCUGAAAGUUUGGUUGGAAUAUGCUGAAAACUGUGUUGAUGCUGAAGUCAUAUUCAGUUUUUUGGAGGCCAACAGCAUUGGUGUCACACAUGCGGCUUUCUACAUUUCCUAUGCAUUACUCAUGGAGCAGAAGAACAAAAAUAAGACUGCAAAUGAGAUCUUCAAUCGUGGGCUGUCUAUGAAGGCUGAGCCUGUUGAAAAACUGACAGCAGCUUACCAGAAGUUUCUUGCUCGUUCAAUGAGACAACCACAAGCUUCAGAACAGGAUGAUGCAACAGAGAACCAGGCUUCAGCUCGAAGCUUUGGGACUUUGUUGGCUAAGCCAUCAAGAAACCAGGUGCCGGAGAGUUCUGAUAUUUUUAGGAAAAAACAGAAGCCUGACAGGGCUCCGGGAAGUACAUUCUCCAUUUUCAAAGACAGCAGUUCGGUGUUUAGUCAUCAGCCAGAAAUAUCCAAAGUAGACGCAAAACCAUGGCACUCACUAGGUGCUCGUGCAGAGAGAAAUAAAGAGAAUAGUGCAAUUCCUUCCAAGUGGACAUCAAAUAAGAUUCCUCAGAGGCCAGGUCAGAGAAUAUCGAGGCCACCUCCAGGCCCGUGCAUUGAGAUCUUUGUGGAUGAGGAGUGCACAGAACAAAAUAAACCCGACAAGGAGGGGGAAAAGGCUUCAGUUCUGCAUCUUAGACGUGGCGACUCAAAAGAUAUUAAGAGAGAAACAGAACUGUUGAGAGAGAAUCCUUUGCGCAACUUUCCUCCGGGUGCUCUGCCCCGAUAAUGCAUCUCUCUGGUAUAUGCAGCAGACGUAUUUGUCUUCUUUGUGUGUAUGGAUGAUCAAGCUUCUCCCUCCAAAGCUUGAUCCUUGUACUUUAGCUGUUGUAAGCCAACGAAUAUUGUGGUUUUUCUAGAGUUUAUUACUCAAGGAUUCUUGAUGAGGUUGGAUUUAUGUUUUUUUUAUCUCUUUUCAAAUGACAACUAAGUUUCUGUUGUACUACUAGUAGUAUUUGUCAUUUUAUUGUUGUCCUUUUAUGUAUUGGGAAUGUGAAAUAAAUUUUUUUUACUAUGCUAUAAA